GUAUGGUUUACAUUCACCGCAAGUCACGUUUGUCUUCGAUGAAAGAGAUCGUUUACAGUUUAUAAAAUUGUGCAAAAAAACGACUAAACAGUAAAGGACAAAAAACGAUCAUGUACCAAUGUUAUGAAAAGAUUUUAUAGACGAUGACCGGCCGCGGAAGAGGCAGGGGAGCUUUGGCAAGAUGGGAAACCUCGAAAUCUGUUGGCGAAAAUACUACACGAGUCGGCUCUCCUAUUUCAACGGCGGUGUUCCCUCUUUCACCCAAAGAAAGUUGGGAGGAUGAGAUUAAAAAGAUACAGGAAGACACAACCAAGGAUGACAGAAUCGUAAGAGUCACGCAUAUUAUCGAUGUGGAAAACUUUUGGGCUCAGAUAGGUAAGCUUAAGUGGACCGUAAAGUUGUACUCAGCUGUGACCUAGGAAGGACAAUCCUGAACAAAAAAUGUCUUUGUAUUCCUAAACAAUGUUUGCUUUUGUCUCACAACCCCUAGACACAACCAGAAAAACUUCCGACUCACAGCUUGAGUUUAGAAUUACGUUUGAUCUCUGUUCACUUUCUUGGGGGGAUGAGCUUAUUGAUCAUGAGUUAACCUUCACUUCACGGUCAAUUACCUAAUAUAAAAGUAAACGAUGGUUGCAAACCAUUUGUCAACAAAGACGCUCAACCUGCCUCUUGAUACAAUAAAGCAUUUACUCAGUCAAUUCCAAGUCGACAGGGACAUUGUCUACCUUCUCUGCCCUAGUGAUUUCAAUUAGAGACCAGCAGGUACCUGUUACAAAUCACCAUUUAAUUUGCCGGGAUAGCUUACCAGAAUGUAAAUGGCAUCCCGGAUGUUACGAAAACUAAGACCCUCGAAAACUAAGACCUAAGACCUAAGACCCGUCUUAGGUUUCGAGAUUACGGAAACUAACACCCCCUUAAAAUCGAAUCCGUCGAAGUAUGAAGUCAAAUUGUAACUGAAAUAGGUCUAACCUGUCAAAUUAUCUUCUGUCUGAUUCUUUCCACCUAGUUUUAGGUCAAAUUUAAAGGUAAUCCAUAAAACAAUCAAAAACUAUCACCUACGUGCUGACGAUCCGCUUCUUCUAAAAAUUUGGAAACACAUCAGUAUUGAGGCGGAGGCUAAGACGGGUCUUAGGUCUUAGGUCGUAGUUUUCGUAACACCCAUGGCAACCCAUGUUAGCUUGUCUCAACGCUUACUUCAAAAGUUAUUGAAACUCCUGAAGUACCCUAUCCUACUGUAAGAUCACUAACUUCCCAUUUCCCAGCCCUGUGAAAGCGAGGACCCUCAUUGCCUUAUUUUUAAAGUUGAAUAACAAAUGUUUUAUGUAGUAUUAGCUGAUAUGGAAAAGAAGACAUAAUAAAAUUGGGAAGCUCAUAGAACAGUGAACUGUGAAUUUUUUUUUAUAUUGACCCCGGUAUGUUCACAUUAAAGUACACUGUAGUACUUUGAAGCUUAAAUGAAAUGUUUUGUAAAUAGACAGUAGAAUUCUUAAUGAGAAUCUUCGUAGAUAUUAAACCUCCUGUACAUUUUACUCAUGUUUUUGCAUGUGGAAUGUUUCAGAAUGCAUCCCUUAGGGUCAUAGUCUGCUCACCCCCCCCACAAAUGGCUGCUGAGAAUCAAACCUAAUUCCUUUACUUUUGGGUUUGUGGUCUAACGAAUACACCAACCAGUUAUACGUGAGCCGUGGAGCUAUCAAAACAUCAAAUAAGGAGUAGUUAUUUCAUUUAUUUUAUUUUAAUUUUCAGGCAGUUUAAAUGAGUUGAAACAGUUUGACACUUACAUGACAGCAUUAAAUUCAUGGUGCAAUGAACAAGAACAUUCUGGUGUUCAACAAGCUCCUGUACAUGGCCAGCCUGUGUGCGUCAGACAUACAGAGACGUCUCAGUGGAGGAGAGCUCAGAUUGCUAGACUUAGCAACAAGUAAAUGACUUUGCAAAUUUAAUUUUGAUCUUUGAGGUAGUGCAUUUUUUACAUGGACAGGUCAGAUUCCAUUUCAGGCUAAAAUAUGCUUAAAACUAGGCUGAUUCUCAAUUUCCUUUGUCCCCUUGGGAUAUAAGACAAAGGAUGAAAUCCAACCAAGGUUAAAUCAAAAGUAUUGAUUGGUCUGUAAUGUACAGUGUUACUUGUGUCUAUUCAAAAUGAAGUGAAAAUCACAAUCUGUUCCCUGCAGUUUUUGAAGGUGACACUUUUACACGCCAAGGAGAAAUGUGAAAAGCAGUCAUUCAGACUAUUCAUGUUAUCAUGAUUGUAGUGUAACCAGGCAAAAUCACUUAAUCCUUAAUAAUCAAGGCCCUUUUGAGUGUACAAAUAUGUGAAUUUGAUAAGACAACUGUAGGAGAAUACUUUUUAUUUUCUUUGCAUAGUAUUAAUAUACAUGUACUGUUGUGGUUUAUUUUUUUACAAGCGUGGUGGAUGUAAUUUACUUGGAUUAUGGCCAGUCAGAGUGUGUACCUUUAAACAGGCUCUGUUCCUCCAGUCCUGGGGAUAUAAUGUCUCGUCGGCCAAUGGCACAGUAUGUUAAUCUGGAAGGUGUUCACCCUGUAAGUCAAACUACAUUUGUCAUUCAGUUUAACAAAAGAAACUGUUUAUAUUAACAACAAUCUUAUGGCACUUGAACAAAGUUAGGUGCUGUUAGCUUUGCAGUCCCUUUUGGGCCAUAAACAGUAGGAGUCAAAUUGAGAUCCCCAGUGCUCAAAAAAAAAAAAAAUUCAAUUCCAGCUUUUCCUUUGGGCAAGCAGUUCUCACGUUUUACAUGCCCGGGACAACUACUUGCUUGCCUUAGUUAUGAUGAUUUUGUUGGAUAAUGACUUUCCUGGACCCUAAAAGUUAAAGGUUACUUGCCCAGCAGGAAAACCUACUUGUCCUUGUCUACGGGAUGGGACAUUUUUGCCAAGUUCAAGCAUCUUCUUAUAGCCUCUGGCUAAAUUUGUUUUUGAUAGUCCUGAGUUCAACUCAGGACUCAACAUUGCUGGUUAAAAGGGUAGGAACUGCUUCCAGCCAGUUCAAAUUCUUACAGUGUGUUACAACUUGUUUGUUUAUUUCAAUAUUAUUUGGUUCUGUCCCUAUUAAUUUUGUGCACCACAAUGUAAACUACUCCGGUUGUACAAUAAUGUGUAUAGCAAUGGAUUCUUUUGUAGGGUGGAACAUUUUAAUCUGAUCUGGCCCACGUACACUGUCCCUGACCUCUGCCCUCUACAGCAGUUCAUGCCCACUGUAAAAAAAAGGACUCUUUGCAGAGUUACACAAAAAUGUUCCCCUGAUGUGCCUGCUGGCCAGGCAGUACCGACCCAUAGAUUAAUUUUGUUACAAUCAUUAUACACUGUAUCAAGUACAUACAUUCAUAAAUCUGUGUAAUAUGGCCUCACUCACUCAUUCUUUCCUAUAAUUUUCAUAAAGUUUAUUGUUUUGUUGAAAGGUUGGUGAACAUUGGUCUACUCAAGCCAAGAAAAGGUUCAGGGAGCUUGUUUCAUCAAGCAACAAACUUAGAAUACAUUUUUCAGAUGGUAUUAGAGGGAAACUGUAUAUAAGGUUAGUUAAGUUACAAGUGAGAUGAAAAAGAAUUACGUAAAGAGUAUGGAUAUUAUGACUGUUUCUUUAAAUGAAAAGCAGGGCUUGAAAAAAACUUGAAUUCCAGAUUGUUCUCAGAGUACAGUGUAGGACAAACUUUUGAACCCCUUUCUUAACAUAUAAAUAGUUUGAAGAUAACUUACCAUGCACGUGGUAUGUGAGCAUAAAAAGUUACUGAAUGCCAAGUGGGAAAAUCUUCUUGCCCUGAAUUACUGUAUAUUAUCACUAUUGCAGUUAUGAAUUUCAUGUACACUUUCAUUUGCUCAUUGUUUAGUGGCCUGGCAUUUUUAUUUGGUAGCCAUUUGCUUCUACUUUGUAACACACUCAAUCCUUCACUUACAGCCAUACAUUUUAGGUACGAAUCAGAGGAGGAUCGAAUAGUAUCCCAUGAUGCAUUUUUCCGGAAGCAUCACGCAACAUCGCAGUCAUAGCAGAUUCCAUCUUGAAAUAAGGUUGUUUUCUCGUCGGCUUUUUUCUCACUCAAUUUCCAGUAAAAGUAAAAAAUUACAUUAUUUCGUUAUUUGACAUGAUUUCUCCGAUUUGCAAUGGCUUAAGAGCGAAGUUUCCACUUAGAAACAUUUAUUUUCACGGUUUCAAUUAGUCUUCCCAUCACAAAGUGUUCAGUGACCCACAACCAGGUCAUGAAUAUUCAAGAUUUUUUGGAAUAUAUGUUGAAAUCUUACAAAUGUGGACCUCACGCCAGCAAAAUGAAGUCCUGAAUAUUGUACAGGCCAAGAAGUACCCAGAAGUACCCACAUUUUGAAGACUUUUUUGUCGACCAAAGAUGGCUGAAAUUUCGAAUCUUUUAUCACAUUUCAACGCCAUGUGUCAUAAUAUAUGUGUAAAGCCUGAUGAAGGCUACAAUCUGUUGGGCGCUUUUGAGAGCGCUUUAUGCCGAAGCAAUCACUUUGUAUUUUCAAAGCGGUUAUUUUUAAAAGGAAUUUGACUAUAAAUAUUUUAAUUCGAAGAAGGAGCGGUGUAUAACGGUGUGUUUCAGUGUGGAAAGAACCCAAAGAAAGGUACCACGCAGCAUGCAAACCGGCACAACGUAAACUGAAGCCUGCUCAGAAUUUGAAAAAGAAACAUCAUGCAGAAACUUUUAUUUAUUCAAAAGAACAGAUCAGUAUUCUGGCCAGGAAAUUUCCUUGAAGAUUGCUUGAGUCAGUACCGGGUAGACUGUGCUUCAGAGAAUUGUUUGUCGCAUCGAUAGGUUAAAUUUUAUUUGUAACUGCCAUUGUAAACUUCAGCUCCUUUGAGCGCGAUGCUGUAAUAAAUUCUCCUUUGGUAAUUAGCUUCACAGCGUAGCGGAUGUUUUGUUGGAACCACUUUAUAGAUCAGUCAUAGUUUUGGUUCUCCUCUGGCCUGGGUUCUCCUAGUGAACCUAGCGAAGCUUAUCAAUUGCGAGUCUUAUAAUUUGUGUUUACAGUGCGACCGAGCGUGGCACAAGUAGUUCUCGACAGAUCAGUGAAAUACAUGUAAAACCCUUCUCAGUCAAAGCAACGCUGAAAUUCUCCUUUAAAGCACAGUGAAUAUAAGCCAACUCGAUAAUCUCAAAAGCAGAAGCUGCUGAACCGAAACAUGUUUGGAAACCAUCCACAUCGAGCACUGCGAUCGACGUUCACUUCACGUGUGCUGAAGAUUAUUGAUCAUGAUGUGUCACGUAUGCAGUGAUAAUAUAACAUGAAUCGAGGUGCAUCAUGGGAUACUAUUCGAUCGUCGUCUGGGUACGAAUUUUGGCCCACAAGGCAAUGAGAGAUGAAACACAAUUAAAUUUAUCUAACAAAUAUCUCACCUGGCAUACAUUUAGCUCUUCCAAGUACAUGUAUGUGUAGGACUUUCUUACCUUUUCGACAAUGACAUGUUUUUUUUCCCCAUUCAGAGACAGCAAUGGACGAGAAAGUUCAAUUGGCAACAUCCUUAUUUCUGAAGGCCUUGCUCAGGUACUUACAGUGUAUGAAACAGCUAAAAUACAAUGUGCUAGUUUAUGAUGUUGCAUGUACUGGAGGGGUUAAAUCAUAUUAUAAGUAAUGGUAACAGGACUGAGUGGGGUCCAAUUUGGUCUGUAAUAUUAUUGUGCGAGUGAUUAACAAAAUCGGACGACUGCAUAGCAGGAGUCCGAUUUGUUUAAAAACAGACCAAAUUGGACAACACAAAUUUCUGUUAACAUUUAUUAAUCAUAACUUUAACAAAAUUUGUGAUAUAUAAGCCAGGCUCUUUUUUUAAAAUAAAAACAGAAGAAAUUCCAAAUGUUUUUUGCUAGCAGUAAAAAAAAGCUGAUAUAAGUGCGUGCGUGAUGGCGCAUAUUAUCCAAUUACUUAGGCAUGACAUGUACUGUCCUAUUUUAAAAAUUGUCCUUUUAAGGCUGUAAUCAGGGCAGUUGAUAGCCAAUCAGAUUUAAGAAAUUAAUUUUGUUAUAGUUAUGAUUAUAAGACUAAUAAGAUUGAAGUACAUCACUAUUAUUAAGAAGUCCUUUGAAAUACUAACAGGUUUAUCUUGCUCAAUAAAAUAAUCAUCACCAUCACCUGAUGUGAUCACAUUCAUAAGCUACAGAAACAAUUUUUUUCUCCCAUACAAAUCCUUAUAUUAUUUUUGAAUGUUAAGCAACAGCGCCGAUGGUCAAACUCGUCCCAGGGUCUUCUCACUUGAAAAGCGAGAACACCCUGGGGACAAGGUCGUGCCGAUAGUCAUAUGUUGAGCUUGGGCCACCUGUGGUGAGACAAACAAUAAUCAAGCCCUAUCAUCAGUGACAGGUUUAUGUUGUAAAGAGAUAGUGUACAAAAGCCGGAUAAUAGUGGAGCUUUUUUGCUCAUUCUUGCUGGUAUAGUUCAUGUAAGCAUAAUAAUCAUAUCCUUCAUCUUCAAAAAGCAAUUCUCCUGUAAGCAUCUUAAGAUUCAAAAUGGGACAACAGAGCUAUAUAAAGAUUGUACAUGUACACUGUAAGGUUUAUUUUCAAAAGCAGAUAUAAUUUGGUAAAUCAUUGGGUAGAGUUACUUGCACAGAGGUCUCAUAAUGAGCUUCUAGUUGAUUCAUGUAUUCACAAGGGCUGUCACUAAGGGACUUGGGGCCGGGAAUUUCCCUAGUUGGUUGCUUUGAACAUGACCCCUGGCUUCUAACGUAGAAAAACAGAAAAACAGGUUCUCUACCUACUUGUUGUAUUUACCCGGCAACUUAAAAAAUCUUAGAUCACAAGACCAGGGCUGCGUAAAAAAGACCUCUAUGGUUGCAGGUAAUUAUGGUAGAUUUUAACGCUAUCCUCUGGAAAAUUAUGUGAAUCGAUUUUCUUUAUAAUUCAGGGUUCUGUUGAUGCAGGAGCUGGUUCAGGAUCUUGGAGAAAAGAGAGCAGUUUCAAAGAAAAGUAAGUAAUGUGUUUACUUUUAGCAAAUGCUCUCCUAGUGACAUCCUUGCUAUAUAUAAUGAAUAGGGACCUUAUGAUCUUAUAAUGUGAUGGCUGUGAAAACGUGACUGAAAAACCAUCUUUUCAUCCUUUCAAACUUUCUCUCAAUAAUUUAGUCUUUUAAAAGAUUGGAAAUUAAGCUGGAGCUGAAGAAAGAGAGGACCAUGUAUGGUAAAAUGUGUUACCUUUUGAAUUACGUUCUCAAGGGAACGUAAAAUUUCAUGUUGUACAUGUUACAGAUGUGCAGGGGUGACAAAGGAAUUGACAAACAAGCAUAAUUCAUGUGCAGAGCUGUUGUUGUUUUGCUUAUUACACCUGUGGGGUUAUUGACAUGCUCGUUGCCAUCUCCAUCAUUGGGGUCCCUUAGCCUAUUAAGACAAUAGGGGGAGUAGGGAAAGAAGUUGAUCAAGGUUAAAUGAGGGUACUGCUUAUUCAAGGACACAAAGUUUAAUCUGAGUGAUAACUGUGUUUGUUGUUGUAGGUUAUUUCAUUCUGAGGAACCUAACAGUUUAGACCAGCAGUGGGAGUCGCUCACAUUCCACCCAACACCAUCACAGCAACCAUCAUGGAUAACAAAUAGCACAUCUACUACAGACCAACUUAACAUGAAAAGAAAUGCUCUCAGUGGCUCAUUGCUUUCAUCUAAGGAACAAUCUCUGCAAGGAGGGUCAUUAUAUUUUGAGAACGCAGUUGAUUCAAAACGAGAUUCAAAUGAUAUUUCAUUAAACAACGUCCCCCUGCCACCGAGUCCAGACAUGUUUGCACAGAGUAAGGAAAGUGAUCACCUAGAAACUUUCAAUCUGAAAAGAGCUGAUUCUGGACCUGUUGAAGCACUGCGCAUGGCCAGGCCUCAUCUGGCAAGUCCAAAUGAAUUUCUAAGCCAUUCCAAAGGGCAGGAUUCAGGAAUUUCAAGUGGUAAGACAGAUGCUCUUGUUUGCAGUGAUGCAUACUUACAUGUAGGAUUAUAAAUUCAAAAAACCUGAUCUCUCCCUGGUCAUUCUUCAAAUUUUAGGGAGUUUUAAAUAAGCACCCACACUCUCUGUUAAGCUCCCACCCCUCCCUGUCACCCCCCACCCCUCCCUGUCACCCCCCACCCCUUCCUGCCUUGUCUACUGGCAGUAAAACCAAGGUGCCUUGGGGGGGGGGGGGGGGGGGUAUCAGGGUGUUUUAUAGUAGUAAAUGUUAAUUUAUUCUCAUUUUGUUUGUCAUUUUUUACUCACUCAGUGUCAAAGGCAGAAAUGCAAUCAAAGUAUCACCCCCCUAAUAUUAAAAAUGCUAGGGCAAAGAAAAGCAAAACAGCUACUAUGAACUCAGAA